GCAGGUUUUUCUGACAGGCGAAAACGCCUGCAUUGCACAGGGACACUGUGUUAUAAUAAAAGCAGAACAUAAUUUAAAGGCCUGACCCGAUCAGAGAUUUAGUAAAAGCAUCUCCGUGGGUUACGGAUACUUCAAUGCGAGAUUUUGAAAUAGUAUGAAAGAAGUAUGAGGUAUAGACUUGUUGGGUUAGGAUGCCUCCGUCUUCAGCAUUACACACAGGGACAUUGAGUCGCCAGAGUCCCGUCCUGACCACACAGGAGGUAGACGGAGUACUUUAGCACUUAUUCCCAACACAGGGAAUACUCUCGGAGCACGGUUUACUCAUAACAUAAAAGUGUAAGCAUGCUACAGAGCGUGUUUUGUACGAACAGUGCACAGAGAGGGUUAAUGUGUCUAUUUCUUCCCAAGCGUCGAGAUUCCGCAUUACGUCACCUUCAUGUUCUCAAAUGGCCACGGCCAAUGACGUGACGUAUUUGCACUCAAUUGGCUCGUGGCCUUGCCCGGGCGGGUGGGAUUCACGUGCGGAAGAGAGGAGUCGGCUGAAUGGAAAAUGAAAACGCAAGUGUUGUUGCUGCAAUAGUGAGUGUACAGCGGCAGCGAUCAAAGCGGUAGAAAUACGAGAAAGAAGGAUAUAAUUGAAGGCUGACAUCAUGUUUGCUUGUGAAAUCUGUGGUGAGGAGGGGCUGUCUGAAGCUGACAUGAAGACUCACCUCCUCCUCAGCCAUUUGGAAAAUGAAAUUAGGUGCCCGAUCUGCUGUCUGUCAGGUGUGACCUACGAUGAACUGCUAUUUCAUAUUGAUAUAGCCCACUCAGAGAAUAACACUGAGCUAUCAGAGACCUCCGCUCGGAAAGAGGUUAAAUCAGGUUUGGAUAUAGAGGUGGUAGAAGCAUCCACCUCUGGCCACACGGACAACACUAUGGAAGUAUCCGAUCCUGAAGGUCCCCAGAACUCAAAGCAUGUAGUUGGUAUGUCUCAGGAUGCUGCACACGUGCUAAAGGAUUCUUUUACAUGGAAGGAAAAUGGAUUAAAAAUACAAGAUCAAGGAGAAUCCACAAAAGUCCCCCAAACGCCGAGAGAAACUGGGAUGGCUGCUUCAGAAAGAGUUGUGAGUCACGCAGCAUGUACAUCCGAACGGGAGCAUGUGGCGAAGGAAUGCUCAGGACCACAAGUAAAGGCAAAACAAAAACGCAUUCAUUCACCCAAGAAAGAGAGGAUGUACCCAUGUCCAAUGUGUUCCCUCGUCUGCGCCGAUUGUUACAUUCUGCAGGAGCACGUUGAGCUCCACCUACAAGAACAACACACUGAAGAAGAACCGUGCUUUACAUCUAAAAGCAUUUUAAGAGGAAAAAUAAAGAAAGAGGAUAGAGAAGGACCAACCAAUCAUUUGCAGGGAGUGAAAACGGGAGAAGAAAGCAUGGCUCUCCAGGAUCCUGAUGGAGACGAGGAACCAGUUGAGCUCUUAGGAGCAUACUGCUCAGCCAGUGACUCAGCGAAUGCAAAAUAUACAACUUCAAAGAGUCACGCAGGAAAACUGUACCAGUGUCCUUUUUGUUCCUUGAUCUUCAGAAAUAGCAUCAUCCUGCAGGAACAUGUUGACCUCCAUCUUGUGGAAAACAGCAUGGUUGCAGAGAAUGCCCCUUCCGAUCUGGGUUUGGCCAUGAAGCUACAAGAGGAAGAGGAAAUACAAAGAAGAAAAGAAGAGGCACGGCGAGAAGCCGAGGAAUUCAAGAAACUGCAGGCGCAGUUUGGUUUAGAUGGCAGUGGUGGAUAUAAGAAACAGCACGUUCGGAACAUGGAGAGGGCGGUGUUCCGUGGCCAGAUGACAGCUGUUGAGUUCCACAGAAGGAAAGCAGAAAUGAUGGAAUCCUUAGCUUCUGGGGUAGAUGACGGGAAAACAAGGACAUCAGGUGUAAUUGGAGCAUUAUAUGAAUACUAUCAGAGAGAAGGAAGAGACACUGUACAUGUGUGGCUUUGUGCUGAAACCGAUCAUUUCCACUCUUCUGCUGGAGAUAAGGGCUGGGGAUGUGGCUACAGGAAUUUCCAGAUGCUUUUGUCCUGUCUUCUGAAGAUGGAUCUGUACAAGGACUGCCUCAAAUGCGGGGCAGUCCCAUGUAUUCCAAGAGUGCAGGCGAUGAUUGAAGAUGCUUGGAGAGAAGGUGCUGAUCCCCAGGGAGCCUACCACUUCAACCACAAGCUGCAGGGCUCGCGCGCCUGGAUAGGAGCCACCGAAAUCUAUUCUGUGCUGACAUCUCUCAGGGUGAAGUGUCGCAUUGUUGACUUCCACCGGCCCUCAGGCCCCUCUGACACCCAUCCCAGGCUCUUUGAGUGGGUCAGGAGCUACUAUUCUGUGGCCACAAGCAGAGCAGCAAGACUUCCUCCCAGGGUUGUCCAGACCACCAGGCCUCCAAUAUACCUGCAGCACCAAGGUCAUAGUCGUUCAAUUGUGGGGAUUGAAGAGAAGAAGAAUGGAAGUCUUUGUAUUUUAAUAUUUGACCCAGGUUGCCCUUCAGAGGACAUGAAGAGGUUUUUGGGAAAUGACCUGAGACCUGGCAAUCUUAGGCACCUCCGCAGAUUCCCCAGUGGAUUAAAGCAUAAGCAGUACCAGCUGGUGGCAGUAGAGGGAGUGCUUUCCCCAGAAGAGAAACAAGUUCGACUUCAAAGCUCAAGAAACCUAUGUGCAGAGAAAAUCCCCUGAGUCAAGUUCAGCUCCGUUUACGUCUACAGGAAAAAGUUCAGUUGCUAAUGUAUGUAUAAAGGUAUUCAUAUUGUAGAUAUGGAUUCUUACUUGAAAUAUUAUAUACUUUUUAACUUAAAUAAAUCUUGGCUUUUUUACUCCA